CUCUGUGGAUCGACAAGGCGCUAGCCUCCAUACCACUACAAGUUUCAGAAUGCGUCGAUCGGCAGCACCAAGUCAGCAGAGUACUGCAAAAAGGACUAAAUUUACAGUCCCAUACAAGCACAUCCCAAACAGCACAAUAAAUCAACAAAUGCCUGGAAGAAGUAGUAGAAUUCAAAAUGACUGCUUGAUAUCGCCAUCUGCUCUGGAAGAAAAAAUUGUCUCUGUGCCUUUUUCUCAUGAAUCUACUUCAGAAUUUCAAGUUCCAUUAAAGCCUACUCUUGAGAUAGACAAAAUUUCUACUAAAGAAACAAAACCUUGGUGUCAGGACAGUUUAAACUUGGAGGCAGACGUUAAUGACAGCAAACCAUGUGAAAAGAAUUCCCAAGACAGCAUACCUACAAAUACUUCACCAAACAAAUCUACACAUCUUUAUGCACAUGGGCAUUGUAACAAAAGAAGUGUGAAGCUAAAACAUAGCUUGGUGCCAUCAGCAUUAAAAACAUGCUUCAAUUCGCCAGUCUUGGUUUCUUUUAAAGAAGCAAAGUCUGAGGGAAAAAGUCACAUAAACUUGAAAGAAGUAAAGUCUCAACACUCAAACCUAGAUGUUACAGAUCCAAGUGCUAUAAAUGAUUCUGGGAAAAAAGGAUAUUUUUCUGUUGUCUGGUGUAAAUUAUCAAAAAAGAAGCACAAGAAAUGGGAAGGAGAUGCAGUUUUACUUACCCAUGGUCGAUCUGCAACUUUGUAUGACAUGGAUGGGAAAGAAAUUGGUAAAGGUGCUGGAUAUAAAUCAUCAGAACUGGAAUCUCUCAAAGAAGAUGAGUCUCUUGUGAUUGGUGGUAAAGAAAUCCAGGUGAUGGGCCUACUAAGUGAGGAACAAUUCAAGUCUGGGAAAUGCUUUACAGGGGCAAGACUAGCAAGAUCGGAGUCAGCAAAUUGUCAUGACAUAUCAAUAUGUUUAAAGUCAACAGGAGCAUCAAGAUCUUUUACAAAUCCACUUGUGGCUUCUCAUAAUAAAGAAAAUGCACAUUCAGAAGUGAAACAGUCUACAUUGCUGCCUCGAUUUGAUCCAUCAGCUCCUGGUGCUUUGGUAAUGCCACGCCCUGACACAUCACAUCAACUACAGUACAACAGGCAACGGCUGCCUUUGGUUGAUGUAGUAGUGGAUCCACACUUAGCUGUUCAUCUUCGUCCACACCAGCAAGGUGUUGUCUUUCUGUAUGAGUGUAUCUCAGGCAUGCGCAAUUAUUCUGGCAUGGGAGCUAUUUUGGCGGAUGAUAUGGGGCUUGGAAAGACUCUUCAGUGCAUAACUCUGAUAUGGACCCUUUUGAAGCAAGGAUCUUAUGGGGGCAGGCCUAUUUUAAAAAGAGUAAUUAUCAUCACGCCUGGAAGUCUAGUGAAGAACUGGUCUCAAGAGUUUCGCAAGUGGCUUGGUCCAGAGAGAAUACAUGUUUUUGUAGUAGCAGGAGAAAAUAAGAUUCAGGAUUACACCAGAACAAGCCUAUGUCCAGUGAUGAUCAUAUCAUAUGAGAUGUUCAUGAGAGGUUAUGAUAUCAUCAAACAUAUACCUUUUGACCUCAUGGUGUGUGAUGAAGGUCAUCGCUUGAAGAAUACCACCAUCAAAACUACAUCUCUGAUCAUGAGCCUGGAAAUACGACGCAGGAUAGUCUUGUCCGGAACCCCUAUUCAGAAUGACUUGCAGGAGUUUUUCUCUGUGGCUGACUUCUGCAAUCCAGGAAUCUUGGGAUCAAGUGUAGCUUUCCGGCGUGUGUACGAAACCCCAAUCGUGGCCUCCCAACAGCCUAAUGCCACUGAAGAAGAGGUGGUGCUUGGUGAAGAAAGAGCUAGUGAACUGGCUAGAAUAACACGAAUGUUUGUUCUCCGACGCACACAAGAGAUCAAUAACAAGUACCUUCCUCCAAAAGUGGAGUUAGUGCUGUUUUGCCGUCCUAGCUUUCUGCAGCAGGUGAUAUAUGGCGAGAUCCUAGGCAGUAGCACCGUAAGGUCAUGCCUUAUGGGUCAUGGGUCAUUGUUUGGAGCAGGAGCAGGAUCCUUACAUCUCCAGGCUAUUGCUGCUCUCAAACAACUUUGCAACCACCCAGCUCUGCUAGCUAAUAAGAUCAAGACAGCAAGUGUAAAGGAACAGCAGGACAGCAUUUAUGCAAAUCUAAGAGAACAUUAUGAGGGGGAACAAGAGAGCUGCUUACAGUUAAAGCCAAUGGAUUCAGGGAAACUUGCCAUUUUAGCAGAGCUGCUUAAGACCAUGUUCACUUUGUACCCUGGAGAGAAAAUUGUGCUGGUCUCCAACCAUACGAAGACUUUAGAUAUGCUACAGCAGUUCUGCUGUAGCAUUGGUUAUACCUUUGUCCGACUUGAUGGUCAGACUCCUACAGCACAGCGUCAGGAUAUAGUCACCCGCUUCAACAAUAACUAUGGACAGGAAAGCAUUUUCCUGUUGAGUUCGAAGGCAGGAGGUGUAGGCCUGAAUCUUGUGGGCGCAUCUCGCCUUGUACUAUAUGACAUUGACUGGAAUCCAGCCAAUGACCUGCAGGCGAUGGCUCGUGUUUGGCGAGAUGGACAAAAGAAGAAGGUCUUUAUUUACAGACUUUUGACCGCAGGUAGCAUAGAGGAAAAGAUUUAUCAGCGACAAAUCAGCAAACAAGGCCUGAGUGGCACUGUUAUAGACUUCAAACCUGCAGAAAUUCAGUUCUCACAAGAAGAUCUUAAAGAUCUCUUUUCUUUCAACACUAGUACAGAAUGCGACACUCACUCACUUUUGGACUGCCUGUGUAAAGGAGAGGGUUCCACCUUAAGGGAUAAUAUGAACACUGUUCAGAUUUCUUCAGAGCAUCAGCAAAAACAUUUGUCUGGAACUUCAGCUGAACUGUAUAUGGCAAGGAAUUUGUCUAUGUCUCAACUAUUAGAUUGGAAGCAUUUAAAAGGCUCAAGCACCCAAAUCCAGAAGGAAUGGUGUUUGGGGGACACAACAAACAUCCCUCUUUCAUUUCUGUUCUGGAAUGAAACUCAUUCAAAGAGUAUUCCUUCUUGAAGUUUAGUAUGUCUAAAUGAUGCAAUAAAAAUUUAGCCUAUUUGAAAUCAUGAUACAGCCUAAUUAGGUCUUUAUCGCAUGACAUACCAUAACUUAUCAGUAAUGAAUAUUGUGUUAUGAGAAUCACUGUAUAUAUAUAUCACCAUGAUUGCCAUUAGAUUCCUAUGCACGGGUAGCAUUUUAUAUCAGUUAAUUCCAGAUACCAUUUUUUAGCCAUAUUUCUUCCUUGUUUUAGGUCAGUUAUUGUGCAACAGUUUAGAGAUAUUAAACAAAUUUAAAAGAC